AUGAUUCAAUGGAAGCAAGGCGCAAAUCCAACCGCUCCUUACAACGACAAGACAAAUCAGAACAAACCCAUUCUGUUUCAGCUGUGGAGAGACAAAUAUGAGGCAUUGGAUGCUCCCGUUGACGUCUGGACCAAUGAAGACGAGGAAAAGCUUGAACGACUGCGUUCCGGUGAAAUUGAAUGUUUUUCUAGAGAUGUCGGCCUUCAGCAUUAUAUGGAAACCGAAGACGAAUAUCUUGCUACGAGGCUCCUCACGAUUGCUCCUGAUCGGAGGCAGAAAGUCGUUGAACAAGUGCUGCAAAGUAUCGGACAGGAGGAAGCAGACAAAAUCAUUGAAACUUUGGAGUCCAUGUAG